AUGUCGCCUGCAUUAACAAAAGAGGAAAAGAAGGCAAAGAAAGAAGCCAAGCGGCUAGAAAAGCUAAAGGCCGAGGAAGAGCUCCGCAAAAAGUUAAAACGUGAAGCGCUGGAACGAGAAAUAGCUGCACAGUCUCUGAAGCGAGAAGAAGUCGACAAAACUUGGCGUGAGCUUAUGCUCAAGAUCAAAGAACCGGUUUUUAAACAAGAUAUAGAGGUUAUGUGGCACGUAUUUGAAAGAGUUUACGAUAAACAAGACCAUUUAAUAAACUAUACUAUUAAAUUAAUGAAUGUAGCAGAUGAUCAAUUUCAACGCACAGUUGCUAGUUUUUGCGAUACGAUUGAUACAAUGAUUAACAAAUUUUUAUCAGAUUUAGAAGCUUUAUCUAAAGAUAAUGAUAUAAGAACGGCUGCUUUGCUGAAGAUGGGAGAAGACGAUUUCACACAAAUAAUGACAGACCACAAUACGGCAGAAACACAUUUACAGUUAUUGAUAUAUCACGGUCAUUCAACAGCUGAUUCCUUAGCUUGGACAACCCGAGGUGAAAAUUUGGUAAAAGAAGAUGAAGAACGCAGUAAAUAUUUGGAUGAAAGAGAAAAUCUGCGCUCGUUCCUUGAAGAUAAUUAUAAUGCUAUGUGGGAAGAGUAUAAGGCUGUGCUUAAAGCAUAUGUUGUCGAUACUGCUGAUAACCAAAAACGGGUGCGUAAAUUACGUCGCAAAGAGAAUUUAAUGGCUGACAUUAUCGCUUCACAAGGCAAGAAAAUAGCAAAUAGCGAUGGGUUGCUUAAACGUCUACGUGCCGAAUUGGCUGCUUAUGAAUCUGGUACCAAACAAGCUGUAUUUAGAGAUAGGCGUAAUAGACACCGGGCGGCUUGUUUUCGGCUCAAACAAGCCUUGAUCGACGGAGUCGAGACUGAUGUUAAACAACUAGCUGUGCUUGUAAAAGAAUCCGAUUCUACAACCGAGUGGCUCGAACAAGCCGCAAAAAAAGGGGAAAAAAUUUUACGCAUGGGGGCUCUUUGUCGAAAAUUUGAAACUCGACGCGAAAAAGUUCUUCCUUAUGGUUCUCGUAUGACUCAUUCGCCGACAAGCGAAAAAGUCGAUAUUCGCAAACAAAUAUCACUAGCCAGAAUAGGCGAAGAUUCCUUAGUCACUAAUGCUAUUGCUACUACAAGCGGACUGUCACGUCUAUGGCAACGAGUAGCUAACGCGGAAUUGGGUAAGAGAGCAUUAUUUCGCGAAAAAAUGCUUUUGGAGCAUGAAAACGCCAUGAUAUUGCGCAAACUGCGUCAUAUGAAAGACAGUCCAAUUGCAGUAGAUACAAGGUGUAUCUGUGGUGAUAUUCCUUCAAAUAAAUCAAUAAACCCCCCUACAGCUGUUGACGGACCUAGAGAAUUAUUAAAAUAUAAGAAA